AUGGCUGCGUCUGUGCCGUGGGUGCCGUUUCCUCUUGGUCACCAGGUCCCUGUCACGCCACCGCCAGAUAUACAGGCGUUUCCGCCCCAGCAGCCUCCGCCGCUCUCGCCGCAUCUUUUGAAACAUUUCGCCCAGGAACUGUACGGAAACAGUGCUCAGGGCAACCAAAAAACGGCUGCUUUUCAGGCGCACUUGAUGAUGAACCAAUUGUCCUCGCAAGGCGGCAUCCUGUCCGGGGCCCUGGGCUCUGUGCCCUCGCCGCCGCCGUGGAUCAAGCUGGAGGCUGAUGGCGGCAUGACGAGAGCCCCGGCCUCGGCUCGGUCCAAUUCGGAGCCCACGACGACGUCCGCAUCAACUGCGGCGACACAGACAACUGCUGGUGGCGCCGACUCGACGUCGACAGCCGCGACGACGACUGUGCACUCGGACGCGGCCGUCCAGUCGGCCAAGGUGGCCGAACACCAGACUGCCGACGCUUCGGCAGCAGCCAGCGCCAACGAUCCGCGCUACCUUGCCAUGGCCUCACGCAUCGCCGCGUAUUACCACCAGCGCUGCCAGGCCGUGGCCAACUUCCAGCAGCAGCGCUGCCAGGCCUGGGCCAACAUGCAGCGCCAGAAGAGCCAGGAGAUGACGCAGGCGGCCAUGCUGGUCAUCGCCUGGUACAUCCGGGACCGCAUCCAGCGUCGUCGGCGUCGGCAGAAGCGCCAAUUCCGCCGCGGCCUGGCUUCCAAGGCCCGGGCACCGACGCCGGUCAAGGGCGAUGGUGCCGGUGCGGAUGCGGGCGCAGGUGUGGGUGCUCGCAACCGGGCGGCUGGCGGCAUCAGUGGGACCGGACGCAUCACCAAGGGCGACGUGGUCCGCAAGUGGAUAUUGCAGGUGCCCGAGGGCAAGGAGGCAGCCGGAUCCGUCAACAGCACGAAUCGACGCGAACGGCUGGCCGACCCGGAAGAGGCGGCAUUCGACAUUGACCGCGAGGUGGCGUCGGACAAGGACGUGCGGUUGUACAAUGUGGCCGACAACCUGAUCAAGAGCCAGCUGGCGCGCAUCGACGUGCCCAUGAUGGGCAAGCUGUCGUUUGACGCCAGCGAGAGCGAGAGCGAGGAAGACGACGACGACGACGAGUUUGAAGAGGAUGAGGAUGACAACGAGGACGACUAUGCCAUGGUGGACUACGAAGAGAGAGGGGCUGGGCCUGCUGCUAUUGCCGUGGCCACCAUGGGCGCAGCCGUUGCUGCUCGUGCUGGGCUUGGCGCUGGCGCUCGCGGCCAGGACGAAGGCAUCCUCCAGGCCAAGGCCAAAAACGAAAAUGACCACCACAAUGACCAUGACGACGAAUACCUGCUGGAAGAUGCCGAGAAGGAUAGCGACGCAAACCUAUCGGCGAUGGUGCACCACGCCACCAGCCAUCCGCGCGAAAAGGAGAGCUACUACUCAUGA